AUGACCCAAGAAGAGAAGAAGACCGCGCGUGUCGGCCCGCCGCAAAUCCUCACUGAGCCCGUGCACGCUCUGUCCGACUCGGAGUCUGAGCCCGAGGACGCCCCUUCUGGGGAGCAGGCGCCAACGGACAACUUCCUCGCCGACUACCCCGACGACACGGAGGAACUGCACCUCCAGCACCUGCGCUUGACGAAUGAGAGCUUGCCUCCUCUCGACCUUCCGAGGUUUACGGAACUCACGAGGCUGUGUCUCCGACAGAACGAACUGAGCUCGCCACUGCCGAAGGAGUGUCUGAAGUUGGGCAAGCUGGACGAGCUCGAUCUGUACGACAACAGGCUCGGACCGGUGGUUGAGGAUGAGGAGGUGAAGGGCAUGCCGAGCAUGACUGAUCGACUAUUUCAAGCUAACCCCAGCUCGCUCGACCUUUCCUUCAACAACAUCCGGCACAUCCCCAACCUCCCCUCCCUGACCAAGGUCAAGGUCCUGUACCUAAUCCAGAACAAGAUCAAGGCGAUCGAGCCGGGAGUCCUCGACUGGUGCAAGGACACGAUCACGUCGCUCGAGCUUGGCGGGAACCGUAUCCGCACGAUCGAGAACAUUGAGGUGCUCACGCUACUCGACGAGCUGUGGUUGGGCAAGAACAAGAUUCGCAGGCUCGAGAACCUCAACGCCUUCGCGAACCUCAAGAUUCUGAGCAUUCAGUCUAACCGUAUUACAAAGAUGGAGGGACUUGAGGAGCUCAAGAAUCUCGAGGAGCUUUAUCUGUCGCACAAUGGUUUGACGAAGAUUGAGGGAUUGGAGAACAACCUCCGCACCCUCGACAUCGGCAACAACGAGAUCACGGCCAUCGAGAACGUAUCCCACCUGAAGGACCUCGAAGAGUUCUGGGCCUCGUACAACAAGAUCGAGUCCCUCGCCAAUCUGCACGAGGAACUCGGCGGCCUGCCCAACCUCGAGACAGUGUAUCUCGAGGGCAACCCGUGUCAGAGGAACGACAUGGCGGGAUACCGGAGAAAGGUCAUGCUCGCGCUGCCGCAGGUGCAGCAGAUUGACGCUACGAGGGAGUGUGAGAGCAGGUAG